GGCAACCACUAAUCUACUUUCUGUCUCUAUGAAGUUAACUAUUGUGGACAUGUUAUCUAAAUGGAAUAACAGUAUGUGGUAUUUUGUGACUGGCUUCUUUCACUUUGCGUAAUGUUUUCAAGGUUCAUCCAUGUUGUAUAUAUCAGCACUUCAAUUCCUUCUUAUGGUCUAAUAGUGUUCCAUCGUAUGGAUAUAGCACACUUUAUCCAUUCAUAGUUCAGUCACCUUUACCUUGUAGAAGAGGCCCAUGCUUCUGCCAGGUUAUUUCUAGGCCACAGAAACAGGCAUCUAAUUGGAGGCAGGGUGGGGAGGAUGAGGUUAGGACCCACUGAAUAAUGUCGAUUUUAGUAAUUUUUGGCAUUCUGAGUUCAAAGAAUUUUGAUCAGUUUAUCUAAUUGGUCUUUUUAAUGCCCCUUUUAAAAAUGAGAAAAUCUCCAAAAUGUUAUUUGCCACAUUUGAGACUUUCAGUUGGGUUGAGAGAAUAGAGGUUUGUGGGGAAAAAUAGCACUAUAGUGCCUGACAGAGCAAAAGGAAACUGCUAUGUGGCAUGUUUUUCUUGGGUGGGUCCUGAGAAAAUAAAGCAAAAGCUGUUUCCUGUGGAUUAGUGGCAGCAGCCGACUGACCUUGUUUAUUUACUUGGUUCAUCUUUCUGUCUCAGGUGACCUUAAAUAUCUAUUGAAAUGAACCUGUAGUUCCUAAGACUGGAAGAAAAGAAUUUACUGAGAUGUCAACUGGGGAGUCUCCUAUGAAAACCUUGGAAAUGGAGAGCUUCCACACAAGAUUCAGUGCCUGGACACCUUUUAGCAACAAGUCAUUAAAUAGACAGCUCUUUCAGGAAAGAGUUACCCUUAUAAGUCAUUGGUUUGAUCUCUGGACCAACAAGCAACGCCAAGAAUUCUUAUUCACGAUUUUUUUGCGAUGCACUAAGUCACAAUUAAGGUUUGUCCAAGACUGGUUUUCACAAAGGAUGCAAGUGGCCAAAGUGGAUUUCUCUACAGUGUUACCACGUUUCAUUUCUCUCUAUAUUUUUUCCUUUCUGAAUCCGAAAGAUUUGUGUGCAGCUGCACAAGUCAGCUGGCCCUGGAAAUUUUUAACUGAACAGGAUUGCUUAUGGAGGCCCAAAUGCAUUAAGUUUGGAUGGUUUCUGCCCUAUACUCCAACAGAUAAUGAGUAUGGUGCUUGGAAGCACCAUUACAUUGCUUGUGUAUCCAACUUGGACUGGCUAACACCUAGGGAAGCCACUGCUAUUUAUGGAACCCUGAAUGAACCCAAAGCAGGAGAUGAGGAGCUACAAGAGAGACAAAGAGAAAAGUGUCUAAGAAAAAUAAUUUGGGAGAAAAUUGGACUACGCAAAAAGGAGUUAUUCAAAGCUCGACCCCCUUGGGUGAGUGGAACAUGCUGCUGUAGAUUGUUAAAAUCCAAAUGCCAACCACGUCUCUCCCAGACUAUGAGGGAUCGAGUGGGAUUACACGAAGCUUUGGAGAAACAGCUUGUUUUGGCGUCCUUGGAAGCUUUGCCCAAGCGAAGUAAUGUUUCUGGAAGCCAUUCCUACCCUUUAUUAUCAAAGAAAAAUUGGCGUGGAGUUUUUAAAAAUUAUGACUGCUCUUCAAAUGCUUUCCAGCUACAUUGCAUAUUAAUAUCAUCUCGGAUUCCUGCAUAUGAGAUGGUUGUGGACAGCGUUAAGUUGGAUGUCAUUUCUGUGGUUUAUGAACACUGUGGCAUAACGUUGGAGGGCCUGCUUUUUCUCAUAGAAAGAGCUCUGGAUGGGCGGAAGGCACAGAGCAUAGGAAUAUUUAGUGAUGGAGAUAGCAGAGAAAUCAACUUACUGCAAGGUUAUAAAAUUGGUAUUAAAAAUUUACUGCAGCCUGAAGUGAGAGACUUCUGGGAGAAAUUAGGAAGCUGUGUGGCCACUGAAGAAGAAGGGGGUCAUGUGGACCUCUUUGUACCACUUGCAGCAUCGGAAGCAGGAACAGAAGUUCUUUCUCAGCUGUCUCAACUAACUGGCACGUUGUUUACCGCCCCUAUGGGGAUUGCGACUGGCUCCUACCAACACAUUCUUAGUGAUUGGCUGGGACAACAGUGGAAAAAGUCUCCUCCUUCCAUCUACUUCACUGAAUCCAAGCUGCAGACCUGGUCCAGCCUCACAGACUUCCUGGAAGACACCUUGAAAUCGGUAAGGAGACAGUUCAGUCCUCUCUUCAGGGAGUUGCAGAAGAACAUCAGUGGAAGGAUGAUAGGACAGCUUAUGUUUGACACGAUGAGUAUGGUCAACAUCUUGAAUAGCCAAGAAAUUGCACAGGCUCUGGCAGAUGGAUUGAUGGAGCUGUCAAAAGAAAAUUCUGAAGCAAAUGACAUAGAAGAUAAUUCUCAGGACACGAAGCCGAGUCUCAGAAAAAAUGAUCAUAAUUUUGAGGUGCUGGUUAAGCUUGAGAGAAAGCUUCAGGACUCAGCAGAAAAGCGAACUAGAUUUGUCAGGGAACUCUUACAGAGUGAGAGGAAAUAUGUGCAGAUGCUGGAAAUUGUGAGAGAUGUUUAUGUAACUCCAAUGAAAGCAGCAUUGUCAUCAAACAGAGCAAUUCUGAGUGCUGCAAAUAUCCAGAUCAUUUUCUCUGAUAUUCUACAGAUUUUAAGUCUCAACAGGCAGUUUCUAGAUAACCUGAGAGACAGACUACAGGAAUGGGGCCCAGCUCACUGUGUGGGGGAAAUAUUCCUAAAGUUGGGAAGCCAGUUAAACACAUAUACCAAUUUCUUCAACAACUACCCUGUUGUUCUAAAAACCAUCGAGAAGUGCAGAGAAAUGAUACCAGCAUUCCGAGCUUUCCUGAAGAGGCAUGAUAAGACCAUUAUUACCAAAAUGCUGAGCCUGCCGGAGUUGCUUUUGUACCCCUCCCGAAGAUUCGAAGAAUAUAUUCAUCUUCUCUACGCUCUGAGGCUGCACACUCCUGCAGAACAUGUUGACCGUGGGGAUUUGACCACUGCAAUUGACCAAAUCAAACAAUAUAAAGAUUAUAUAGAUCAGGUGAAGCAAAACAUCAGUUGGAAGGACCAGCUGUCAGACAUACAGAGAAUCAUCUGGGGGUGCCCUAUUCUAUCAGAAGUAAACAGAUACCUGAUUAGGGUUCAAGAUGUAGCUCAACUUCACUGCUCUGAUGAGGAAAUAAUUUUCUCUUUAAGGCGCUAUGAACAUGUUCAUGAUCUCGGCCUUUUCCUCUUCAAUGAUUCACUGCUGGUUUCCAGUCGGAGCACAUCUCAUACUCCAUUUGAAAGGACGUCAAAAACAACCUACCAGUUCAUUGCAUCAGUGGCCUUGCAUAGGUUGCUUGUAGAAGAUAUUCCAGAUUCCAAAUAUAUCAAGAAUGCAUUUAUUCUUCAAGGUCCAAAACACGAAUGGAUUUGUGCUACAGAGGCUGAAGAUGAUAAAUUCCUAUGGUUGUUAGUACUCCAAAAUGCAAUCAAAAGUAAUAUGGAGAAGUGAGACUGGACUUAAAGGAAACAUCAGGGUGAACAAGUCCCCCUGGCAAAGAGAGAUGACAUGUAUUUUCUGUUCUGGAUGAUCUAGUAAAAGGCAGAAUGAGUAUUUGUCAUGGAUGACAGGAGGGUGAAGUAGGAUGCUCGAUAAGGUUCCUUCCAGCUUUUAAACUUAAUCAUCCUAUGCUCAAUUAUGUGGAAUGCACAAUAAGAACAAUUUGAGUCCAAAAAUUUGAAUCCCUUUUCUUGGCAGUUAUUUAUCCUGGACGAUAUUAUUUAGAGUAAUUUUGACUGAUGAAACCUAAGACAGAGCAAGCAUAUUAUGUUUAUAGUUUUAUGAUCUAAUGAAAAAUAAAAUCAGAAUGAAAAGUGUUUCUUAAAUGACCAGUCUAGAGAAAUAUUUUAAUUUUUGGGUGAUUAACUUUUUCAUUAAACAAUUAUUGAUUUAAAAAAUAUUUUUAAGAAAUAUAAAUGGUGAUUUAUUUACUCCAAACUUUAUCAUAUAUACCCUUAGUAUGACUGUACUGUUUUAGAGAACAUUUAAAAAACACUACUACACACAAAAUACUCAAAAGUUUUCUGUAAUUUUAAAGUGCUUUUCGUUGGGAAACUUUAAAUAAGAUUAAAAAAUAAUUUAAAUAAGAUUUAAAAAUAUUUGUAACAAUAUUAAAUUAGAACUGAAACACACACUUUAAAAAAACAUAAAUAAAUGGAAACCCAGCAAAACUUGACUGUAACGGAAAUUAGUGAAAUAAAAACAAAAAAAAUGUUAAAAGACAGUUCUGUUUUAAAAGAGAGGAACGCAGUAAGAUAGUGUUAAGUACCUUUCUGAGUCUUUAAAACCUUCGUUUGAUUAUUUUAACAAAUCGAAGUCAUAACCUGUUUGCC